AUGAAAACUGCUUUAAUACUUAUCUCUAUAAUUUCCUUAGUGAGCAUUUUAACAGUUAACUCAUUAAAUAAGCAUCAAAGUCUAAGAUAAAAUGGCGCUGAUUGUUCUAAAACUAUUCUAUAAAUAGGAUACGAAGAGAUACUUGUAACCAAUACAUGUCAACAAAACAUGACUUUUAAAUACUCAGUUUCUGCUAAAUACUAAAAUCAGAUUCAAACAAUAAAUGUUUAAACUGAUUGUCUUAAGCAAGACGAAACUGAAUCAUAUAGGCUAGAUUUCCCAAGCGACUUCCAAAUUUUCUCACAAAGUCUUGGAGAAUAAAGUGAAUGUUGA